AUGAAAAUUAUUGAUAAGGCGAAUUCACAGUCUAUUAUAGUUUAUUUUUUAUUUCAGACCGAUCCAAACACCGCCUUUUUGAGGGCAGUUAGAGCUGGACAACUAGACAAAAUUAUUGAAUAUUUAGAUUCUGGCACAGUUAGGGACAUUAAUACAUCAAAUGCGAAUGGUUUAAACGCCCUUCAUUUGGCGUCGAAGGAUGGUCACAUAGAAAUAGCUAGAGAACUAUUAAAACGGGGUGCUAUACCAGAUGCGGCGACGAAAAAAGGAAAUACCUCAUUACACAUAGCUUCCCUUGCCGGUCAAGAAGAAAUUGUUCGGCUCCUAGUCCAACAUGGUGCUUCUCUAAAUGUUCAAUCCCAAAAUGGUUUCACCCCACUUUACAUGGCGGCACAAGAAAACCACGAUGGCUGUGUUCGGUACUUGCUGUCCAAAGGUGCCAAUCAAGCGUUGGCGACAGAGGACGGAUUUACACCGCUGGCGGUAGCAAUGCAACAAGGCCACGACAAAGUAGUGGCGGUCCUAUUGGAGAACGACACUCGAGGCAAAGUCCGUCUUCCCGCUUUACACAUCGCUGCCAAAAAGGAUGAUGUCAAAGCUGCCACUCUUCUUCUACAAAACGAACACAAUCCUGACGUCACCUCGAAAAGCGGAUUUACGCCAUUACACAUCGCAGCUCAUUACGGCAACGACAAAGUUGCUUUGCUUUUGUAUGAAAAGGGUGCCGAUGUCAAUUAUACGGCAAAACACAAUAUCACGCCUCUUCACGUCGCUAGUAAGUGGGGCAAAAUUAAUAUGGUCACUUUAUUAGUAGCGAAAGGUGCAGAUAUUCAAGCGAAGACCAGGGAUGGUUUGACUCCAUUACAUUGUGCAGCUAGAAGUGGACACGAUCACGUCGUUGAUCUUCUUUUGGAAAAUGGAGCUCCCAUGCAUGCUAAAACAAAGAACGGACUCGCACCUCUACACAUGGCAGCUCAAGGAGAACACGUAGACGCAGCUAGAGUUCUUCUCUAUCACGGCGCUCCGGUCGACGAAGUAACGGUGGAUUAUUUGACAGCUCUUCAUGUCGCAGCUCAUUGUGGUCACGUACGAGUCGCCAAAUUGUUAUUGGACAGAGGAGCAGAUCCGAACGCGAGGGCGCUAAACGGAUUUACUCCUCUUCAUAUAGCUUGUAAGAAGAAUAGAAUAAAGGUUGUGGAAUUACUACUUAAACAUGGAGCAAGUAUUGGUGCUACAACAGAAAGUGGUUUGACUCCUCUCCAUGUCGCCAGUUUUAUGGGAUGUAUGAAUAUUGUUAUUUAUUUAUUACAACAUGAUGCUAGUCCUGACAUACCGACUGUUAGGGGCGAAACUCCUUUACAUUUGGCUGCUAGAGCGAAUCAGACGGAUAUUAUCAGAAUACUUCUCCGAAAUGGUGCAGCUGUGGACGCAAAAGCCAGAGAAGAACAGACGCCCCUCCAUGUAGCUUCUAGAUUGGGAAAUGUUGAUAUUGUUAUGCUGUUACUUCAACAUGGUGCCCAACCUCAGGCUACAACCAAAGAUCUUUACACUCCUUUACAUAUAGCUGCCAAGGAAGGACAAGAAGAGGUUGCUUCAGUUCUUCUAGAUAACGGAGCAGACUUGACUGCGACAACUAAAAAAGGAUUCACUCCUCUUCAUCUUGCCUCGAAAUACGGCCAUCUCAAUGUUGCCAGACUUCUGUUGCAAAGAGACGCUCCCGCCGAUGCCCAAGGGAAGAACGGAGUGACUCCUCUACAUGUUGCUGCUCAUUACGAUCAUCAACCUGUUGCACUCUUACUGUUGGACAAAGGAGCUUCUCCGCAUGCGACUGCUAAAAACGGACAUACGCCAUUACAUAUUGCUGCUCGAAAGAAUCAAAAUGGACUCACACCUGUUCACUUAUGUGCUCAAGAAGAUCGGGUAGCUGUUGCUCAACUCUUGCUAAGAGCAGGAGCUCAAAAGGAUGCACAAACCAAACAAGGAUAUACACCCCUCCAUGUGGCUUGCCAUCACGGUCACGUCAACAUGGUUCGUCUUCUCAUUGAUCAAGGUGCAGACGUCAAUCCUACCACGGUCGCAGGAUACACUCCCCUUCAUCAAGCCGCUCAGCAGGGUCAUGUGCUGGUUAUAACGUUGUUGUUGAAAAAUAAAGCUGAUCCUAACGCUCUUACAAACAAUGGCCAAACGGCUUUAGGCAUAGCCAACAAACUCGGUUACAUCAGCGUCGUUGAAGAACUAAAAGUGGUAACGGAAACCAAUAUUACGACCUCCACUACGAUUAACAUUGAAGAGAAAUACAAAGUUGUGGCUCCAGAAGCUAUGCAGGAAACUUUCAUGUCGGAUUCCGAGGAUGAAGGAGGCGGAGUGGACGAGCAUCCAGUUGCUUAUGGCCGACCGACGCAUGCUCAGCACAUCUAUCUACCCUUCUACCAAGGACACAUGACCUAUACACGUGAUGAUCCUCUACUAGAUCAACAGCAGUACAAAUACAUGACGGUGGACGAUAUGAAGAGCUACGGCGACGAUUCCAUGAGGCUGGACGUUACCAACGACGAGAAGAGUGAAUAUAACAGAAAUUCUAUCGCUCCUUCUCAGAUCAGCAAUGAUAUCAUCAUUACACCGCAACAUGUCAAAGAAUAUUACGCUACAAAUGCGUAUUCCGCUCCCGAUAAUGUUGACAUCAAUCGACAGCCAAUCACUGUUGGAAGCAUAGCUGAGAUGCUAGAAGAUAUAAAUUUAAAAUUUGGUUUAACAGAAAAUAAAAUUGUGGGGACAGUAACAGACAACGGUAGCAAUUUCGUUAAAGCUUUUAAAGUAUUCGGCGAGAAAAAUGAAGAGGACGACGAUGAGGAAAUUGACGAAGAAGAAAAUGAAUUGCAAAUUUUACAUUUAGAGGUUGAUGAAGGCAAAGAGUUAGAAGACCAGGAUAUACAGCUACCCAAGCAUAUGCGAUGUGCCACACAUACUUUAAAUUUAAUAGCCACAACAGAUUAUAAAAAUACUGUUAUAAACAUUCCAACUAUCCGCAUAAGAGAAAAGAAUGCAUUUAGUAAAUGUGCUCAGUUAUGGAAAAAAUCGAAUAAACCAAAAAGCAAUGAAGUUAUAAUUAAAAUUUUAGGACAUACUCUAAGUUCUCCAGGGGCCACUAGAUGGAACUCCACUUUUGAUGCAGUUUCACAGAUUCUUCAAGCAAAAGAAAAACUUCCAAUUUUGCUACAAAAUCUAACAUUAGAACCUUUUAAGGAAACUGAACUAUUAUACCUAGAGGAAUACUGUUUAGUUAUGAAACCUUUGGCUUUAACGUUAGAUUUGUUACAAGGUGAAGAGAAUGUAUCUUUUGGAUAUUUGUUACCCAGCUUAAUUUCAUUAAUUAAUAAAUAUGAGAAACUUCUUGCCCAAACAAAAUUGAAAUAUGGAGGAGAACAUCUAGCAAAAAUGUGCAUUAAAAGCUUAAAUACUCGUUUUGCUAACAUUUUAAAUUUGGAAUGGGAAGAUCCAAUUAUAGCUGCAGUUCUUCUUCCUAAAUUUAAGCUAAAGUGGUACAAUGUAGUACAUAAUCCCAAAAAAACUUUAGAAGAUAUCAAAAAAUGCAUUAUAACUGUUGCAAAAAAACAAAUGGAGUUGGAAAGUUGCAAUGAAUCAGACGAAAGUGGAGAUCAAAAUUUAGAUGACUUUUUUGAUUUUAGCGAUUUCCGAGACCAGCAAGUGGACAAUAGCUGUACUAUUACAUAUAAUGAACAGGAACAGGGUUCCAGCGUAAAUAAUAAAACUUCAAAAAUACAGUUAGAAUUGUUACGAUAUUUGGAGGACAAAAGAACCAAUUUACAAAUCCUAAAUGAAUACCCAACCUUAAAAAGGGUGUCAACAAAAUAUAACACAUGCUUACCUUCGUCAGCACCAGUUGAAAGACUUUUCUCUUUUGCAACUAUGAUUGAUACACCUAAAAGAAAAGCUUUAAGCGAUGAACACUUUGAGCGGCCAUGCCCAACGUCAUUUGAUUCAGUAUUGUCCAAAGCAGUUAAAACCAGUGGGUGCGUUUGGUUUGGAAGUAUACCAGGUUGUAGGUUCCACGUGAACGCCACUGAGAAAACAUUUCCUGGAUUUGAACCGCAAGCCGUCGUUUUCCUGGUGUCUUUCAUUGUUGACGCUCGAGGUGGGGCCAUGAGAGGAUGUCGUCAUUCCGGUGUCAGAGUCAUCGUUCCCCCAAGAUGUGCUUCUAGUCCUACAAGAAUUACUUGUCGCUAUGUAAGACCUCAAAGAACUCCAACUCCACCACCACUGAUGGAAGGGGAAGCACUGGCUAGCAGAUUGCUGGAACUUGGUCCUGUUGGCGCUAAAUUCUUAGGGCCGGUGAUAAUUGAAGUGCCGCAUUUUGCUUCACUAAGAGGUAAACAAAGGGAAAUAAUCGUCCUGAGAUCCGACAAUGGCGAAACAUGGAAAGAACAUACUUUGGAGGCUAGUGAAGAAGCUAUACAAGAUGUAUUAAAUCAUAGUUUUGAUGGAGAAGAACUUAGUCAGAUAGAAGAUCUACACACAAGUCGCAUAACUCGCAUCCUAACAAAUGAUUUCCCACAUUACUUUGCUGUUAUUUCUCGUAUCAGACAAGAAGUCCACGCUAUUGGUCCAGACGGUGGUACUGUGUCCAGCAUUGCAGUGCCGCUUGUACAAGCAGUCUUCCCUCCGAAUGCUCUAACCAAGAAAAUAAGAGUUGGUUUACAGGCACAGGCCAUAGAACCCGAACUCGUAUCCAAACUCCUAGGUCAUGGUGUAGCUGUAUCGCCAAUAGUAACUGUCGAGCCAAGAAGACGCAAAUUCCACAAAGCCAUCACCCUCAGCAUGCCAGCUCCCAAGGCUCACUCUCAAGGAAUGAUUAACCAAUAUCAAGGAGCUUCCAAUACAACUCUUCGACUUUUAUGUUCAAUAACUGGGGGUCAAAAUAAAGCUGUGUGGGAAGAUGUCACAGGAUCCACACCUCUUACCUUCGUUAAAGAUUGUGUGUCAUUCACAACUACUGUAUCUGCAAGAUUUUGGCUGAUGGACUGCAGAAAUGUAGCGGAUGCUGCCAGAAUGGCCACGGAACUUUAUAAUCAGGCAAUGCAUGUUCCAUUUAUGGCAAAAUUCGUAGUUUUUGCCAAGAGAGUUUCACCAGUUGAAGCAAGAGUGAGAGUAUUCUGCAUGACAGAUGAUAAAGAAGAUAAAACGCUCGAACAUCAAGAGAACUUUACUGAAAUAGCAAAGAGUAGAGACAUCGAGGUUCUUGAAGGUAAAGAUGUAUUUAUGGAAUUCGGUGGAAAUAUAGUACCAGUACUACAGUCCGGUGAUCAACCAAAAUUAGGUUUCAAAGCUUUCAGAGAAAACCGUUUGGCGUUCACAGUAAGACUUAGGGAUCAGGACGAGGAAUCAACUGGCCGCAUUAUAUUCAUGAGCGACGCUAAAGUUGCCAGAGGAGAACCCAAUCAAACUCCAUUGUGCACUCUCAACCUUGUCCUACCAAAAGAUGUUAUUCCAAGUAGAGAUUCGCAAUCAGACUUACUUUCUUUGGACAAAGAUCACAGCUAUCUUUUACAUGGAGGAAUAAGUAAACCAGACACCAUUCAUAGAGCAGAUUUCCGGUUAACAGAUAUUUGUAAUUUGUUGGACGACGAUUGGGAGAAACUAGCCCUGGAACUGGAUAUUCCACCAUCUGAUAUUGACCUCAUCAAAGAAGAAUAUCCUGAGAACCAUCCUCAGCAAGCUAUGAUUAUGUUUAGAUUGUGGUUGAGACAGAAGGCUAACAAAGCUACAGGCAAUAAACUGGAGCAAGCGCUUAACAAAAUAGGACGGCAAGAUAUUGUAAACAAGUGCAUAUGCAACGUCGAAUUAGUAACUGAUGAUAUGGAAAAAGCUCUAGCGAAGAUCCACCUCGACCAAUCUGGUUUUGAAAAUCUGAAAGAAGAAUUAGGACCUUCUCGGGAUGCCUCUCUUAGACGAGAUGCACAUGUAGACAAGUCUUUCCAAAACAGUCAAGAUGAGCUAGAUAAAAGUGAAAAAGUAAAAAAAAGAGUGCAUAUUGAAAAUCAUAACGCUAUUAACAAAGCGCCCCCUGCGAACGAACCUUCCGAACCAAUAGAACCGACGACUCCUGUAAAAAUACAGAACGAAGCCAUAGAAGAGAUCACUCAGCAGUUGAACCAACUGCAUUCAACUCCGAAGAUAAGCGAUCCACAUGCCGGAACUCCUCCUCCGAGCCCUGCUGAAUUCGGAGUAGCUGAGCCGAUUUUAAAUAGCAAACAUGUCCUUAUAGACGAAUCAGCUCCAGAAGAUUGUUUUACUUACUAUUUUCCAAAAGGCACUCCGAAUCAUCAAGAGUCUGAGCCAGCCUUCUCUACGCCUUUCAAGAUCGAUCAUCCUGAUCCAGACCCUAUAGCUACUUUAAAGAAAAAUGUUCACGAUACGUUGACUUUCUUACACCAAGAAAGAAACGAUUUUCUUCCUGAAGACGAUAUAAUUAUUCCUAGCCGGAAGGAUGAUCAUAUCUCCAAAAAGAUAAAUUUAGAUAGUAUUCAUUUGAAAACUCCAAAACGUUCAACUAGUGACUAUGAUGACAGUUUUCGCGAAACCGUAGAAAGUGAGGUAGAUGACGUGAUAAAAGAGGCCGAAGAGGUUGUUAAUAAUAGAUUAAGUAAUUCAGAUACUUUGUUAGAAGAAAAAUUCAGUAGAAACUUCACAAAUAGGGAUAUAGAAGAAAAGGUUGAUAGUAUAUUUGAUGACGUAAAAACCAACACAGAAGAUUCUUUAGAUAACUUAGAAAGCUUGAAGGAUGACUCUAUUUCUAUAAUACAGGAAAAGAGUGAAGAAGCAUUUAAAUUUUUAGAAAAUGAAGCAUCAAGUCCUCUAACUAGUAAAUACGAUGAUAGUAGAUCGUUUAUAGAAAGAGAAAUUGAGGAUUCUAUAUUUGACGAUGUUUCUCAAAAGUCUCCUAAGACACCUCGUAGUUCUAUACCAGUGGCAAAGCCUAGAAAGAGUGUAGAAAAAGAGAGGUCCGAUAUUAUGGAUGAAAGAGCCGUAUCACCGACAGAUCCUGAAUUGUUAUCAAAAAUACCCGUAGUAAAGGGUGGUAAAAUCAAAACUAUUAAAAAACAUUCAAAAGAUCCCUUAAAAGAGUUCGUUACUCUUUCAAGGGAUGUAAAUUGGGACGAUGAUCUUGAAACAGACAAAAUUAUCGAAACAGUAACGACAGAUCCUAUAGUAAAAACCACAGUCACUAGAAUAACAACAGAAACCACAUCAGAACCAACAAAAAGUAAAAUACCGAUACCGCAUCCGGAUGCUUUAAAUUUGACUUCGACUAGUGAACCGAUAGAUUUAGAAGCAUCACCGAAAAGUAAAAUUCCAGUUCUGAGAACAGAAACUACUAGAAUCAAUUCUCCAGAAACCGUACACGUAGAAAAAACUACUCUAUCGCCGGAUGGAGUCAAAAUAGUCGAAACUACCACCACCAUAGCAUCACCUGGAUCCAAGGUGUCAACCAAAAGCAGCACGUUAGAUUCCGAAUCCGAUGAUGAUAGUAGAAGAAGUCCUCUAAAGGGGAUACUGAAGAAAACCACAGUCAGAACCAUCGGUAGCUCUAGCGGAUCUGAUAUAGCUCUUCACGAGGAGGGAGCUGAACUGAGCGAAGACGAUUCAGAAUCGAUAGUAAUAGUUUUUUUAAUAGAAUUAGUUAGAUGUUUAGAACAUAAUUUUGAAUGUAUUGUAGAAGACUUCUAUCAGCAAGAACCUCAGUUUUCAAUCGUCACACAAGAGGUUGUUGAUCCUGUUACAGGAGCUAAAACUACAAGAACGAUCAAAACAGCCACGCAAGUCAUUACAUCACCACUAACUAUCCAAAACGAAUCUGACUUGAGACAUUCAAUGCAAACCACACUGGAUCAGUUCAUGGAAGAGGAGAGGCAUCCCCACUAGGCACUUCGAUUUCGUUAUCGCGACAAUAUAAUUGUUACUUAAACAAACUUUCAUACUAACUAUUUUCAAUAAUAUUCGACACGCCAGUGCAUGUGUGUUAUUAUUAAUUUAUUUUUUCGGAAAUAUUUAAAAAUGUUGAAUAUGUAAUUUAAACACCAUAUUAAAUUGUAAUAACUUUGUAAUAGCAUAACAAAUAUUGUAUUUUUCAAAUGCUGUUCUAUUCAUUUUAUUCCUUCCAUUAAAAAACGAAGAAUAAGAAGAAACGAAGAAGCAUUCAUUAAUUUUUUUUUACUCAAGAAUAAUCAAUUUUUUAAUCAAUGAUCUCAAUAAAAUUUUCAACCACAAAAUAAUACUCAGAAAAAUAUUGCAUAUAGUUUUUACGUGGGUAGGUUUCCGUCUGGUGAUUUGCUUUGUAAAACAAUACUGAUUAACUAUAUAUUAUACUACCUCAUCCCUUUGUCAUUCUUAAAAAAAAUGGUACAUUAGAGCAUAUAUUUCUUAAGCGAGAUAGCUUAAAAUAAUAAUUCUUUCAGAAAAAGUACGAUAAUCAAAGACCUUGACAAUUCAAGCCACACAAUUUCUGGAAAUCUAGAGAUAAAACAUAUAUCGUUAUCUCAGGUAUGAAAUUACUAUAUAUAAUUUUUUUAUUAAAUAUAUAAUCUUCGAAUAUGUUUAAUUAUGUCUUGAAUCCACUAUUAUCAUAGUCGAUGGUACCUCUACGUUCUACGACCUUAGAUCGAGCAAUUGGACAAUUACCUACGUAAUUUGCAUUCGAUUUACCCACAUUUUCAUGGGAUUCACCACGUCGUUGACAAAAUGCGUUUGCUGCAACAUUAAAAAUACUGUACACAUUGAUUACAGAUUGGAAGUAAUAUCAGUUAUCUGUCAAAGACAGUCUUGAAACUGGUAUCAUUUAAUUUUCUUCUUUUUCAGUCACCUAUAUGUAUACCUACUAGCCACAGCUCUAUAAAUUACGUACUGUGAAGCCUUCUUUACUUUGAUUAAAACUGCUCAAAGAUAAAAAAAACCUGAACAGAUAUUCUUCUAUAUUUUAGUAUGUCCUCUUACCUUCCUGUACAGUCAUUUUUAGUCAAUAAAUUAAAUAUUUUAUAAAGUUAAACCCAUCAUGGUGAAUUUAAAUUACUAUAUUUUAACAUUUUUCAAAUAUUUGUGAAUUUGAAAUGGAACCAAACGGUAUAAAUUAUAUUUUGGGUAAUAUUCUUAAAUUUUUCAAACAAACUAGAAUAUAGGGUUAAAAAUGUAAUCAAAAUGUAUGUUGAUUUAAUAUUGUAGAUCUAUAAGGAAUACUGUUAUAAUAUUUAACAGUCUAAAGUUUAAAUCACAAUCAAAUUAAAAAAAGUACAAGAAUAUCGAAAUAUGCUUAUAUUUUGCUUGAUCUUAACUUUUGUGUUCCUUUAUAAUAUUAUGAAUUAAAUUAUUUGGGGGAAAAAGUUUUAAGAAUACGAUCAGGGAUUUGACAAAACGGGCAUAUUAUACUGGAAGUAACAAAUCGUAGUUGAUACAUUUUUUAACCAAAUCGUAAUUUUUAUCGAGUUAAUUCAAAUUAAUAAAGAAUAUGUUUAAUGACAGAUCCUUCACAGCAUAAACAGUCAAUAACAGCUUUUACAGUUAACUGUUUAGGUAAUGAGGAGAUUAAUGUCCUUUCUCUCUUUAAUGUUUUUACUGCAAAAGAUUUUAGUUCCUCCAUACAAAUCCCCUCACUUUCAUAUGUUUAUUCGAUUUAAUCAACGGUCUAACCCAAACAAUAUUAACUCAUAAACAAAUGUGAAGUAUCAGAAAGGCCACACACAAGGGCUAUAUCGGUAUAAGAUGCUGAAAUCUGCACUCAGCUGGAUUCUUAUUUGGGAUUGGGUACUCAAAAGUACAUAAUUAGGACCUAUUUUAGCCAAAUUUAUAGCUUCCUAGAUGGCCCCAGCGAUCCCCUAUCGCAAAAAUGUGAUUUUUUCGAAAAAAAAAAAAAAAAUUUCAGACCAAAUUUUUAAUGCCCAAAAACAGUAUGAUUUUUUAGAUUUUUUGGAUCAAAAUUGACUUCAGGAAAAAUAUUUAAAUUUUUCAAAAAAACUUUAGGUUAUGCUGGUAAUGUGUAACGAACUUCUAAAUAAUUAUUUUUUUGUGUAAAUAACUAUUAUUGAUAUAGAUCUGGAUAACGAUAAAGAAAUAACGAUUUUUGAUAUAUUUUUUGUUAUUUCUAAUAACGAGAUCAGAUUUGUCAUUUUCAGAUAGGAACAUGCUCAAAAUAUGACAAAUUAUCUUUUUUUAAUAUUUUUUAGGUGAAUGAACAAUUUUUUAUCUAUUUUUUUGUUUGUUCUAUUACCAGGGUUAUAUUGGCCAUUUUCAGACUGAAAGAUUCUCUAAAUUCGAAAAAACUGCAUUUUUCGAUAAUUUUUAAUUUUCUGUUAUAUUUCAACUUCAUAACCUCAUUAAAUUUGACAAAUAACGGUUUUUGUUCCCCCAGCCCUUUAUUCGAGUGAUGAUUACCAUUUAAAUAUCAUUUAUGGAUUAAAUUAAUAAAAUAAUUAUAUUUAAUUU